AUGUCGCAGACUCCAUAUCUUGGUAGUAAAAUUAGUCUGAUAUCUAAAUUGGACAUUCGAUAUGAAGGUAUCUUGUACACGGUGGACAGCAACGAAUCGACGAUUGCUUUGGCUAAAGGUACGUAAUUGUGUCACAUAAUUAUUUUAAAUUUAGUUCGGUCUUUUGGGACGGAAGACCGGCAUACUGACCAUCCGGUGAAGGCACGAGAUGAAGUGUAUGAAUUCAUUAUAUUCAAGGCGUCCGACAUCAAGGAUUUGGUAGUUUGUGAAGCUGCAAAGGAAGAGAGCAAUUUAGGCGGCUUGGAUUAUGACCCCGCUAUUGUAUCAGUUCAGGCAGCACCCGCUGCUUCGGAAAAUUCGAAACCAUCUUCUUCCUCUGCGAUUAAACGUAAGCCUUUUCCUAGUAAGCUACUGACCUAUAAUGUUCUUGUCUCCUACACCGCUGUCGUUUAGCUCGCCAUAAACUUGAAUCAGAAGUUCCAUCCGGGCUUCCUGCACAAUCUUCGCGUCCAAGAGCUAACGAAACUGGUCGCUACAACCAAAAGAGUGAGUAUCUAUGUAUCGAGUUUAUGUUGUUUAGUUGGAUCAGGGUCUCACCGUCCAAGUUAUAAUCCGCGUGGAAACGGUUUUCAUCGGUUUAAUAAAAAUGUCACUCCCAAAGAGAAGCUGAAGUUUGACAGUGAUUAUGACUUUGAGCGAGCCAACGAACGGUUCAAAGCUCAAAUGGAUAGUCUUACAGCCGAUAUGGGUAAUAAGAUAGUGUUUGAUGGUAAGUCAAGAUUGUUUUUAAACUUUUCUUGUUUAGCCGACGUUGAAGAACGAAAGGAGAAAGAAAACACCGUGGAGUUAAGCCCAUGUUAUGACAAGACUACUUCAUUCUUUGAUAACAUUUCUUGUGAGUCUCAAGAAAAGGCCGACGGCAAGAACAAACGGCCAGAUUGGAGGAAAGAAAGGCAGACCAAUCAGGAAACGUUUGGUCAGUAUGCCGUUAGGAACUACAACAAUCGACCCGGGGGCUACCGCGGUGGCUAUCGUGGCGGCCGCUAUCCGAAUAACAACCACAAUCAGCGCCGCGGUGGUAGUAGAAAUCCUGCCAAUCCUGUGCAAACCAAGAGAUCUGAUGUCUAA